AUGAAUGGUUUCUUAUCUACGGAAAAUGAGCUUCGCCUUACUACAGAGAGAUGUCAAAAAUACCAAGGCACUGCGAAAAUCAAUAUUGACCAAAUUGUCCCUCACUCAUUUGUCGCUCGGAACUUGGACCGCCACAAUGUGGAACGACUCUGUGAGGUAUUUCAUAAAGAAGGCUGUCGAAGAAUUGCUAUCCAUCAUCAUAUCAGUGCAGUAGUCUCGAAACAGGACCUCCAUGAGGCGCUUCGGGUAGCAGGAGUUGAAGCAGCCGAAAUGAUGGCCGGACCAGAUCGCUACCCGCACCUAAGUUUCUUAAAUGGUCAGAUCCAGUGUCUUCAUGGUCAACAUAGAUUGAAGGCUGGCGAAGAGCACUUACCACCUUAUGAUCAAUGGUGGACAGUGGAUUUGUAUCUGAACGACAUUAGUCCCGAUCUUCAAAACAGCCUUGUCGACGAAUACUCCAAUGAGCGAGUGCCAAGCGAUGGCGAAAUCUACCGGAAAGUCCGACAGUACCGACAAGAAGCAAAUGCACAUUUCGAAAACCGAUGGUUAGCACGGCUGUCGGAUAACAAAGCCAGACGGCUUCGGGGACUUGAGUCCCAUCCAAAUAUUCGAUCUGCUUUCGACUCAUUACUGAUGGUGCCCGCAUUGCUCGUGCAUGGUAUGCAAAUAGGCUCCCUUGCGGAGCUUUUAGCACUCAACUGUGAUGAAGAAGUGGUCCAUGCACUUAACGAGCUACGAGAAUAUUGGUCAUCGCUCAUGAAACACGAUCAUAAGAGGAUGCUCAGAAUAGACGUUCAUACCGUGGAGAAGUUGCAGCUUCUGACACCUACGGCAUCGUCAAAGGACCGAACGAAGGUCAAAGGGCUUGUACAUAGUGGGGAAGUAUUUGCAAACUUCACUCCUUCUGAGCGUUCGUCCAUCUGGAGGCGGAUGAAGAAGAAAGAAGGAAUCAUUCCAUCUCUACAUACUUUUUUCAAAAACUUAUGGUACCUGGAGUCUUGCGUGAAUUGUAUGAAGCACCUUUUUUCACCCUCAAAGGACUUCCCGACUAUGAAAGGCACAAUGCGUGCUGCUUUUUCACCAUUCAGUCCAAUGGAUACUCAAUUCCAUAUCCAAGUAUCCGAAGCAUCAUUCCGCAGUUACUCUCCCCUGGAAGCAGACCCUCUGGAGAUUGGAUACAGGCAACUCUGGUUAUAUGCUAUGCGGUAUUACCCACAAUUAUCUAAAAAACCGCAGAAGAAAAAUGUUGCAGCGAAGGCUGAGCGUGGAGUGGUUGAUCAUAUGUUACUUCAUGACAUGGCCAUUCUUGCAAGACGACUCGGAUUCAAAACCCCUCAAAUUGAGCAAAUUAUCCAGCAAUCGCCAGACCGCAAGAUAGCGUUGGAGGCUCUAAUGAGAGCGCGGCAGGCAGAUCGUUUUAGAUACGAGGACGGGCAGCUUGAAUCACUUAUUGAUGAAAUUACAAAGUGCUUCUCACAAGCCGUUCCCUUGAGUGACGAAAUUGCUCACCAGUGUGCAACUGGCAGGGAAACGAAGAAAGAGUCACGGGUUGGGCAUCCAGAUGAAAGGACGCAAUAUCAAGAUCGGUAUUUCCUCUUCCUAGACCAGUUACAUGGUCCAGCUUCAGCCUUGCAGAAGGCUACAACCACUUAUGUGAGGCGUAGCAUAUAUUUUACCUUCUUUAACAAGCUUAAAUUACCAGAAGGGACCUCAAGCACGACUAACGAGCGUGGCAGCGGUGACAGAGCUGAAGUAUCUAUGUCAUCCCUUUUUGUUGCACCCUCCUCCCAAAAUCAAGUAUAUGACGAAACCGGAUCUUCUGCAUCAUCAAGUUCAGCAAAUCGCAGCCCAAAUACUGAAGAUGAGAGAUCUGCGCGACGGAAUGAUAGACGGAAAGGAAAGUCGAAAAAGCGGCAGCAGAGGGAGCGGCAAGCGAGCCAAUUGUUUGUAGACGAACAGCCUUCAGAAAUUCUUGGGGAAAAAAUAACAACGCCCUUGGUUGUCUCUAGCAAGGAUACCUUUGACGUCGAAUCUAUUGAAAGCAUUGAUAUGGAAGAUUUAGACCAACAGAUAACGCCGCAGCCAUGCCAAUCCGACUCUCCGAUGGAACCGCUUUUUGAGUCAGAGAGCAACACUGUCGAGAAUACAUUUACAUCGGAGGAGGAGGAUCAAGAAAUGAGUGCAGAAGAACAAAUGCCGAUGGAGAUGAACGGGCAUGAAAGUAUGUUCGCGGAGGAUGCUGACAAAGAGCAUGUUGGUAGAGAGGAAGUAUCGGAAGAAGAAGGACAGCCUUCUGCACUUAAAGAGCGGGAUAAUACUCUCAAAAAAUUGGAGGGACUCCCAUUAUCACGAGUGCAUGGUCCCUUGAGGACUGAUAAACGAAAAGGUAAAUUACGAAAAGAGGAGGCUACGUGGAAACCGUACGGGCGCCAACAGCGGCGGCCAUUGACCAAUCUAUCAGCCCUUCCUUCGCAGGAAACACUUGAAGGUGACAUCAUGACUUCUCUUUCUCAGCUGGGAACAGCAGUAUCCCGUGACCAGCCCGCGAAACACAUCACCCAAGUCAAUUUUGACGAACUACAACAGAGGCUUGCGCUCAAAACAGAUAACGACUGGGGACUUCGGUCAGAACCGCAAGAGACCAUGAUAACAGACCUAUCUCCUACAUCACUGGUAGCACCCAUGGAGCCUAUUAGGAAUGAUUUGGCGAGCAUCCACCAUGAUGGCCGCACUGACGAUUCCGAAGGCGGAAAGCCAAAUUCUGUUGAGAGUGAUGACAGAGAAUACCUAUCAGCGACAAAGGAUACAGACUUGCAAAACUCAAGUCCGGAUGGCCGGGCGGCACUGAAUGACUCUAUAAUAGUAGCUCAAGAAGAACAUGAAACGUCACCUGGAAUCCUCCAGGUGGCCCAUGAGAUAAUCAAGGCCACAGCCAAUGAGCACAACGAUGAUCUCUCCAGUUUACGAGCAGCAGAUCCAGAAAUGACCGUGCAAACCCCAAUUACGGUAGAAGGUCUUUCAAGAGUGACUAUUGUGUUCCGCGGGCAAGAUGAGAAGGGUGAAUGGAGCCAUAUUAUACAUACAAUGGAGGUGGAUCCGUCCGACCCCUCGGCCGUCCAGCGAAUGGCCGAAAAAAAUGCGCGACGACGCAAUGCAGUUUUCUAUGAUCGGGCCUUGCGUCAGGUACAUCCUUCAGAAUGUUUCAAAGCUGCUGUGGAGGAUGGGGCCAAUAACACAGUAUUUGUGAAGUUCGGAGACCCCCUAGUGGUCAACGAGGAGGCCUUGAAUUCAAUCGCGCGUGUGCUUCAAGGCGAAAAUGACGAUCACAGGACAAAACGCCGUGGGUAG